AGUCAUAGCAGGCAGGGUUCGAUUUGUACGAAUCUUUCAAUUAUCCGUCAUUCGGCUUCCUCUUUCGUAUACUUCCAAAAAUUAUCUCAGUUUUAGGAACCGGAAAUGAGUGACCGCAAUAAACUUUCGAAAGUAACUUCUUCGACGAAGAAAGAAAUAACAUCCAAAAUCAACACGGGAGUAACGAAAAAACCUUCCAUUUUGACGAUCGUCGCACCUCGUCAGAUAUCUCGGCCGCCCAGUAGGCAGAACACUUUCAGCGUUCGAGGAAAUAAACCAAACGAUAAAAGUUCGACGUCUUCCGGUGGAGCAUCCAGUAAGUCCCAACUGGGACUUCCGAACGAUAAAACCCAACGCCUGCACAAACCGGGAUCUAUUCCUUCCUACUUGCGUAGCACGGGUCGUCCGGCAACGGUUCACUCUUGCUUGAAGCCUUCGCAGGAAGCGGCGAUAGCUGGACCAGGGAAAAAGAUCAUCUCCCGCAGUUCAUCCCAAAAGAUACUGUCACUGGAGGAGAAACAAUUUCGGGCAUUCCAAAAAGAUUUCGACUGUCAGCUCCAAAAAUACACGCACUCUAAAGAGGUGCUAGCAAGCGACUCGAAGGAUCAAAAGCAGUCCGAGUUAUCCUGUGAUCUCGUGCAAGCUGCAGCAAAGCUGUGCUCCGAUCAGACUCAACAGCAGGUCGCAGAUGAGCCACCAUGCGAAGGAACGGGUGAAUCCACAGCACAUGAACUCGCUCUUCGUUCUCGAGAAAACGAAUUAAAGACGCUGAGGGAACGGGCUACGCAACUAGAAGACAAGUGCAAAACUCUGGAGGUCGAUUGCAGGAAACAGAUGGAACGAGCGUUCGAUCUUGAGUGUGAGCUGAAAGCGCGUGAUGCACUAAUUCAGGAACGAGAGCAAACUCUCGAGCAGUUGAAAAAACUUGCGCAACAGGAGUUGCCAGAGGACAAGGAACAGAUAUUGGAAGACCUGCGUGUUGAGCUGAGCGAGAAAAGUGGCACACUGAUCCACAAUCAAAGUAUUUUGGUGAAUCUCCAAAAAAAGUUGGCCGAUGUCGAAGCUGCCCGUGAGCAAGAAGAAACACGCGUUUUCGAGCUGCAAGAAAAGUUAACCGAGACAGAAAUGGAAUAUCUGGAAGAAAAAACUCGGCUAGAACAGUGCAACCAGGAGAGGGCUUUAAAAAUUGGAAAGCUUCAUACGCAGGUGACUACAAUGUUGCGAGAAAUCGAGAAAAAAAAUGGUAUUAUUGCAAACCUGAAAGCGUACGGUGCUGUAGAAUUGCCCCAGCAAGUGCUGAAGGAUUCCCCUGAAGCUCAGUGGGGCAAAAAAGUGGAAGUUUUACAGGCCGAGGUGCAGAGCCUUCGCACCGAACUUAAACUGUUGGAGGAUGCCAAACGUCAAAAUGACGUGCUGCUUGAAAUUCGCACAAAACUGAUGGAAAAUCUUGAAGCCGAUAACGAGAAGUUCAAAAAGCGUUGUGAAAAAUUUUGCGAGUCCGAGGGCGAAGAUGAGGCCGACAGCGGUAAGCGAAAUCGAUUUGACGGGUUCGAGAUGUUGUGCGACACCGUGGCUGACCGGCAAAGAAAAUGUUGCGCCGAGGAAAAAAUUAUCAGUGAAAUCGAUCAGAAUAACCGGAAAUGUCGAGCUGUUCGGCAGAAAAUGUUGGGUAUGUUAAAACAGCUGCAAAAGGAAAACCGGAAAAUGAAAGAGGCUAUAAGCAAAUCUGGACCUAACCUGGUAGAAGAAUGCGCUAAAAAUGAAAGCUGUUCACAGCUGGGGGAAAAAAUCUUUAAACAAAUCCGUGAGUUAUUUCCAGCUGAAACAGUAUUACCAGAUGACGAACAGAAAGAGGAGAAAAUUAGCAAUAGAAUCAACUACGAAAUCGAAACUGAGCAGGUUGCGAGCCAAGUGCAAUCUGUUGGUUAGUGGAUAUCAGAAUAGCCAUAUUUUAAAAGCUAAUUAUUUUAG